AAGAAAGAGAGAUCAGAUUUUUGCUGUGUCUAUGUAGAAAAAGGACGACAUAAGAAACUCCAUUUUGAUCUGUACUAAGAAAAAUUCUUCUGCCUUGAGAUGCUGUAAAUCUGUAACCCUAGCCCCAACCCUGUGCUUGCAGAGACAUGUGCUGUGUUGACUCAAGGUUUAAUGGAUUCAAGAAUGUGCAGGAUGUGCUUUGUUAAAAAAGUGCUUGAAAGCAGUAUGCUUGGUAAAGUCCAAGAAAGCCUGGGUAUUGUCCAAGGUUUUUCUCCACUGAGACAGCCUGAGAUAUGGCCUCGUGGGAAGGGAAAGACCUGACCAUCCCCCAGCCGGACACCUGUAAAGGGUCUGUGCUGAGGAGGAUUAGUGAAAGAGGAAGAUCUCUUUGCAGUUGAGAUAAGAGAAAGGCAUCUGUCUCCUGCUCAUCCCUGGGAAUGGAAUGUCUUGGUGCAAAACCCGAUCGUACAUUCUAUUUACUGAGAUAGGAGAAAACUGCCUUAUGGCUGCAGGUGAGACAUGCUGGCGACAAUACUGCUCUUUACUACACUGAGAUGCUCGCUUGUGUAAAUCAAACAUAAAUCUGGCCUACGUGCACAUCAAGGCACAGCACCUUUCCUUAUUUAUGACACAGAGAAUUUUAUUCACAUAUUUUCCUGCUGACCCUCUCCCCACCAUUACCCUAUAGUCCUGCCACAUCCCCCUCUCUGAGAUGGUAAAGAUAGUGAUCAAUAAAUACUGAGGAAAGUCAGAGACCAGUGCUGGCACGAGUCCUUCGUAUGCUGAGUGCUGGUCCCCUGGGCCCACUGUUCUUUCUCUAUACUUUGUCUGUGUGUCUUAUUUCUUUUCUCACUCUCUCAUCCCACCUGAUGAGAAAUACCCACAGGUGUGGAGGGGCUGGCCCCCUUCAUAAGGUUGUUGAGAUUUAUCUAUGUUGGUGCAUACAUCUAUUUGUUCUUUUAUUAUUGUUGAGUAGUAUUCCAGGGUAUGAUUACACUGCAAUUUGCUUAUACAUUCAUCUACUGAUGGACACUUGGACUGUUUCGUGUUCAGGGUAUUAUGCAUAAAGGUGCUAAGAACAUUCUUGUGAGUCUUUGUGAGAACAUAUAAUUUCAUUACUGUCGUAUAAGUAUCUAGGAGUGGAAUUCCUGAGUCAUAAGAUUCUUGCUUUUAUUUUGCAAUUCUCCUAAGGAAUCAUACAGUCUGUAAAGCUUUUUACUCUUCACAGAUUUGAUAUUUUAAGUAACAUGGUAUGUUUCUGAAAUGGAGUUUGCAUUUUGGGGCAUUUUCUAUAGAUAUAUCAUGAAGGACACAUGAAAACUCUGUUAUAAAUAUAAACACUCCACUGCAUGCAGGAAUUUCCUUCUAAUUCUUCCAAUGGAAUUGUCUUAAUUUAGGUUGGAUCAGAAUUAGAAUUUACGUUAUGAUGACUAUGUAAAUAAUAUUUAUAGGUCAGUCGAGUAGUAUCCUAUGAUUACUUUUCUUGCACAACUUUUUUUUUUCUUUUUUUCCUCAAGAAGGGGUUGCCAAGGCUGUGUAGUGCAGUGGCUAUUGAUAGGUGCGAUCACAGCUCACUGCAGCCUGGAAUUACUGGACUCAAGCGAUCUUCCUGCCUUGGUCUCCCCAAUAGCUGGGACUACACGUGUGCGCCAUCACGCCCGGGCUUCUACAACUUUUCAUUCUCCCAGAGUCGUCUUAUUUAUUCCUUCCAGAAUUUUAGGCACUUGGUUCUCCGAAAGCCCCGACCUUAAGAUUGACUCCACCUCCAGCAGGGGGAAGUCCCUUCUUCUCUCUUAAGGAAAAUUCCCGCCUCCCGCAUUGGAUUCCCUUUUCCGGUUGGCUGGUGGCUGCUCUCUUUACGUGCACUGGGCGGUGACCCUGUCCCUCAAAUGUAAAUGAGGUUUCAGCUGGUCGCUGUUUUUUCACUUUCCGUUGAUGGGGUGAACAAUAUCCUCGUACCUCAAUUGCUUCUCCACACCCUUUUGGUCCUCAAAAAUCUUCCUCUUGCCCUCCACAUGUAGCUAGAAGCGUUUUCGCGGUAUAUGACUCAGGGUGCGAUUGCUCUUUUUCCUCUGUGGAGAAAGCGUUUUCACUUGUACGGACACCUAAAUGUUAAGAUGGCCGCGCCCAUUGUGUCAUUCCGGUCAUUCUUUGUGCAAAGCGGAUGACUUUUCUCCCCAGCCCGCUAAGGGGCACGUAGCCCAUACCAUGUUUGUCUUGGCUAAGCUCCACCCUCUGAAAAUAAAUGAAACUUGGGCGCAGGAUUUAGGUGCCAAAAUAUGGGGUUCUUCACCGUCCCGCGCCAUCCCUGAAUACUUGGGCAGAAAAGGUCCACUUUACCUUCCGUACGUGCAGGAUUCAAAGAUGGCCGCCUCCAGUAUCCGUGACGAGAGGACGCGAACUUACUACCUCCCAGUCGUCCGUGCUCCGUACACCUGCAACUUCAGACCUUCGUCGGCCGCCGUAGGCCGGCUUGGGCGCUGGGCGACGGCCCAGAAGUGGAAGAAUUCAGGAAAGUGCAGGCUCUGGGAAGUCUGGGUGGGUUCCCCGCAAAAUCAGGCUUGAGUGCAGUGGCGCAAUCGUGGCUCACUGCAGCCUCCAUCUCCCGGGGCUCAGGUGAUCUUCCCACCUCAGCUUUCCCGAGUAGCUGGGACUACAGAGAUGGCAUCUCACUAUGUUGCCCAGGCUGAUCUUAAACUGCUGACCUCAAGUGAUCCUCUCUCCUUGGCCUCCUAAAGUGCUAGGAUUCCAGGUGUGAGCCACCUCACCCGGCCACAUUUAUCCAUCUUGUAAAAUAUUGCUUUGUUUUUUGGUGCAUUUCAAACCCGCAGGUCCUGACUCCAGGAGCAAGACACUUCAAGUGAGGUGAGGAGGAGGUUCCAGGACCUGGAUACCAUCCUUUGCAGGGAUGUAAUUCACCAGAGACCAAGAUUUCUAGCCAGAAAUUGAGGGCAGCUCAAGGAGAGACUACAGACAAAGCAUCCUACUUACUGGCUAUUUCCCAGUAACAGAAGAAAAUGAUCAAGUCCCAGGAAUCACUGACCCUGGAGGAUGUGGCUGUGGAGUUCACUUGGGAGGAGUGGCAGCUCCUCGGCCCUGCUCAGAAGGACCUGUACCGAGACGUGAUGUUGGAGAACUAUAGCAACCUCGUGUCAGUGGGGUAUCAAGCCAGCAAGCCAGAUGCACUCUUCAAGUUGGAUCAAGGAGAACCAUGGACAGUAGAAAAUGAAAUCCACAGCCAAAUCUGUCCAGAAAUCAAGAAAGUUGACAAUCAUCUACAGAUGCACUCACAAAACCAAAGAUGUCUGAAGAGAGUGGAACAAUGCCAUAAACAUAAUGCAUUUGGAAACAUCAUUCAUCAGAGGAAAAGUGAUUUUCCUUUAAGGCAAAAUCAUGGUACAUUUGACUUACAUGGGAAAAUACUGAAAUCAAAUUUAAGUUUAGUCAACCAGAACAAAAGGUAUGAAAUCAAUAAUUCUGUGGGGGUUAAUGGAGAUGGGAAAUCCUUCCUUCAUGCCAAGCAUGAACAAUUUCAUAAUGAAAUGAACUUCCCCGAAGGUGGAAAUUCUAUGAAUACAAAUUCACAAUUCAUUAAGCAUCAGCGAACUCAAAAGAUAGAUAAACCCCAUGUAUGCACUGAGUGUGGGAAGGCUUUCCUCAAGAAGUCUCGCCUCAUCUAUCAUCAGAGAGUUCACACUGGGGAGAAACCUCAUGGAUGCAGUAUAUGUGGGAAAGCCUUCUCCAGAAAGUCCGGGCUCACUGAACACCAGAGAAACCACACAGGAGAGAAACCCUAUGAAUGCACUGAAUGUGACAAAGCAUUCCGCUGGAAAUCACAGCUCAAUGCACACCAGAAGAUUCAUACAGGAGAGAAGUCAUAUAUAUGUGGUGAUUGUGGAAAAGGCUUCAUCAAGAAGUCUCGGCUCAUUAAUCAUCAGAGAGUUCAUACAGGAGAGAAACCACAUGGAUGCAGCUUGUGUGGGAAGGCCUUCUCCAAAAAGUCCAGGCUCACUGAACACCAGAGAACUCAUACAGGAGAGAAACCCUAUGAAUGCACUGAAUGUGACAAAGCAUUCCGCUGGAAAUCACAGCUCAAUGCACAUCAGAAAGCUCACACAGGAGAGAAGUCAUAUAUAUGCCGUGAUUGUGGAAAAGGCUUCAUUCAGAAAGGAAAUCUCAUUGUACAUCAGCGAAUUCACACUGGAGAAAAACCCUAUAUAUGCAAUGAAUGUGGAAAAGGCUUCAUCCAAAAGGGCAAUCUCCUUAUUCAUCGACGUACUCACACUGGAGAGAAACCCUAUGUAUGCAAUGAAUGUGGGAAAGGCUUCAGCCAGAAGACAUGUUUAAUAUCCCAUCAGAGAUUUCACACAGGAAAGACACCCUUUGUAUGUACUGAGUGUGGAAAAUCCUGCUCACACAAGUCAGGUCUCAUUAACCACCAGAGAAUUCACACAGGAGAGAAACCCUAUACAUGCAGUGACUGUGGGAAAGCUUUCAGAGAUAAAUCAUGUCUCAACAGACAUCGGAGAACUCAUACAGGGGAGAGACCCUAUGGAUGCUCUGAUUGUGGGAAAGCUUUCUCCCACUUGUCAUGCCUUGUUUAUCAUAAGGGAAUGCUGCAUGCAAGAGAGAAACGUGUAGGUUCAGUCAAAUUGGAAAAUCCUUGCUCAGAGAGUCAUAGCUUAUCACAUACACGUGAUCUCAUACAGGAUAAAGAUGUUAACAUGGUGACUCUGCAGAUGCCUUCUGUGGCAGUUCAGACCUCAUUAACUAACAGUGCGUUCCAAGCAGUUAGCAAAGUAGCCAUUGUGAGCCAGCCUGUUGCCAGAAGUUCAGUCUCAGCAGAUAGUAGAAUUUGCACAGAAUAAAAACCAUAUGAAUGCA